AGCCUGCAGACCCUGGCGCACGCCUUCGAGCUGCAGGCGGAGAUGAUGGAGGAGGACCUGCGGCGGGACGUGCCGUGGGCACCUGCGGCCAGCAGGCUCGGCGGAGCAGGUGGAAGAGGAGAAGGAGGAGACGGACGGAGAGGAGGAGAAGAAGGAAGGAGAACAGGAGAAGGAGGAGAAGGAGGAGGAGCAGGCGGAGCUCUCGGGCGGGCGGCGGGAACUGCCCCUGCGUGAGGGGCGGGGCGGAGCCGCCAUUGCGGAGCGCGGCCUGGGCGGCCUCGGGAGCGUAUUGCUGGGCCAAGUGGAAAAAUCGUGUGAGGAGACAGAUGACCCCCACAGUUUCAAGUCAUACAAAAAGGCCCUGAUGUUGUCCUAGUGCUGUUCCUCUACCUCACGUCAGUAUGUCGAAGAAAUCCACGGCCCCGCUUUCCUUGUCCGACUGCCUCUGCCAGAUUUGCAUGGAGAUCUUUGUGGAGCCUGUCACGCUGCCGUGCAGCCAUACCCUCUGCAAUUCCUGCUUCCAGAUGACAGUGGAAAAGGCCAGCCUUUCUUGCCCCUUUUGUAGGCGUCGAGUCUCUUCCUGGGCACGGUACAAUACCCGCAGAAAUACUCUUAUCAACUGGGAGCUCUGGGAGAAGAUUCAGAAGAAUUACCCGGAGGAGUGCGAGCGCAGGAUGAACGGACAGGAUUUGGAUGAGGAAAUCUGUGUCCCCAAGCCGCAGCACCAGCUGAGCAAGCCUGGGGAGCUGAGGCAGGAAUAUGAAGCAGAGAUAAGUAAGGUGGAGGCAGAAAGGCGAGCGCACGAGCAGGAGGAGAACAAGGCGAGUGAGGAGUACAUCCAGCGGCUGCUGGCAGAGGAGGAGGAGGAGCAGAGGCUGGCAGAAGAGAGACGGAAGGAGAUGGAGAAGCAGCUGAAGCAAGAUGAAGAGCUGGCCUGGCAGCUCAGUAACAGUCUGAAUGAGGAUCCCGAGGAACACGUGCCUGGCAGCCCAUCACCAGCACACAGCCUCUCCCGUCAGACAUCCCCACUGAACCUGAGCAAGGCAAAGAGCAAACCAAGCAACUCUGGAGACAUUCAGAAGUAUCUGUCUCCAAAAAAUUAUGGUAUGUUGGGAUCAGCAUCGUUCUGCAGUGCCACAGGAAGAGGCAGGAGCAACUCUAUCUCUGGGGAGACCAACAGCAAUGAAGGCAGCAGUUCUGCAGUGCAGGAUGAGCAAGAGGAAAUGCCAACCCUGUCUCCACAGCUGACCAGUGUAAACAAAGAUUCUGGAGCUAAGGAUUCAUUUUUGGAAUCAUGCCUGAACUAUUUCAGUGCCUCAGCUUCAGGUGAAACUGUCACUACUGUCAAGCAGGAAAAAACACCAGGACCAAAUGGUUUAGGAGAUGGAAUUCCAGAUGCACUUCAUGGAACCACAGAAGGGGAAGGGUCUAGGACAGUUCUUCUUAGAUCCAAAGGAGAUGAUGAUGGAAUUGAGUCAGACAGUGGCAAUUUGACACAUGUCCAAAGGGUAAACCUUGAAAAGUCUGAUGAAACUUCUACCUCUGGUAUAAAUUGUGUGAUGUCUGACAGCCAGACCACGUUAGGUGGUCUGGGGAAGGAGGCUGGACACUCAAAUGAAGAGAUGCCAGAGAGGCCACAGAACUCUAAGGAGACUCCCAAAAGGAAGCUAGUGGAGGCCCCAGCUGGUGCCAUGAUUGACUUGGACAUGCUUGAUAAGAGGAGAAGAACCUUUUCAGAAAGUGUAGAAGAGCAAGGAGAGCAGAUGAAUGAUUUUAACUUGCAGACACAAAGAGCCUUUGAGCAGGAGUUCUAUGAAAGGCGUAGGCAGGAGGAGCAGGACAGGCUCUUGGCUCUGCAGCUGCAGAAGGAGCUGGACAAGGAGGAAAGGACACUGAACCGACAGAAGGGUUCUCCAGACGAGUAUCUGCUCCGCACCAAACCACCCCGCUCUGGGAAAGACUCUUCUGCCAGGAAGGGAAACUCCAAGGCAAAAGACUCAAAGGGAUCAAAGACACAGGCUGAAACCAAUCACCACAAGUCUCGGAAAGGUUCCUGCAAUGAAAACUGGCAGUCCCCUGCCAGGGUCCGGGUGAAAUCCCCCAGCAUCAAGGAAGGAAAGGUUUUGAAUUGUGUGGUUAAUACCAGUGACACAAAUGAUAUUUGUUCACUGCCUAAGAACAAGCAAAAGACAAUCCUGCAGAUGUUUAAAAGCCCUGUUGCAGAGUAGAUCAGAGCCAUGGACAUGUGGUGGAAUAGGAAUGGGAACUGUGGUGAUGUUCUUCUGUGCUAGGCAAAGCUUCCCUAAGCAGUUUUGAGUGGUUGCUUUGGAAGGGAACCACUCUGGGCAGCAGUGCUGUGAGUUCUGAGAUGUUCUAGUAACAUAUACCCCCAGAAUGUAACAUUUUAAAAUUGUUCUUUUCUUGAUUAUUAUUUUCUAGCACUUGCAGCACUUCUUGCAGGAAUCAGAGCAUUUCUUAUUUUCUAACUUGCAUUUACAUGGUUUGGAGUGUGAAUACUGGUAGUGUUGAAAAACAAGGAUAACUGAUGGUCUGAUUUGAAACCUUUAAUGGAAAAGAUGCACAUUCCAUGGAGGAAACAAAUGAAAAACGAGCCUGUAUUCCCAGCUGGCUGUCAGCUGCAAGGUUGAAGCUUCCCUCAGCACAGCCACUGUUCUGUAAAUCAAAGCACGUUGCUGGAAUUUAGGCUGUUGCUGGAAUUGCAUUGUUGGCACACCCAUUAACAGGAGUGUAAGCAGACAGUCACUCUUUCCCUCUCAUAUGCUAACCCCUCCCUCGGACAAAGAGGAAAGAAACAGGUCAUUCUCCACUGCCAAAGCCAAGGAUCUUCAUGGAUGCCAAGGCUGUGGGCUCCCAUUCACCUCUGUUCACAGAGAUCCCUCCUGCAUAUCCCAUUUUCCCUGUUGUUAAGAAAAAGAUACUUUUGUUUUCUUGUUGUUGAUGUCCUGUUAAUUGUACAUGUUAAUGUACAAUGGUGUUACUAUACAUAAUGCUCUUUAAUUUUCAUACUCAAACUGGUUUGAAUGUGAUUAAAACAACAGUCCAGAAGCCA